AUGAAUAAGUUUACUAUGCCAUUGGAACUACUGUACUGUACAACUGUACUGUACUAUUGUACUGUACUAUUGUAUUGUACUACUGUACUGUACUACUGUACUGUACUACAGUACUGUACUACUGGACUGUACUACUGUACUGUACUACUGUACUGUACUGUAUUACUGUACUGUAUUACUGUACUGUACUACUGUACUGUACUACUGUACUGUACUGUAUUACUGUACUGUAUUACUGUACUACUGUACUGUACUACUGUACUGCACUACUGUACUGUACUUCUGUACUGUACUACUGUACUGUACUACUGUACUGUACUACUGUACUGUACUACUGUACUGUACUACUGUACUGUACUACUGUACUGUACUACUGUACUGUACUACUGUACUGUACUACUGUACUGUACUACUGUACUGUACUACUGUACUGUACUACUGUACUGUACUACUGUACUGUACUACUGUACUGUACUACUGUACUGUACUACUGUACUGUACUACUGUACUGUACUACUGUACUGUACUACUGUACUGUACUAUACUACUGAACUGUACUACUAUACUGUACUCGAUGAAGACCUAAUGGUAGUGCCCUUGGAGGGACCCCGCAAACCAUUACUGGGCCUGGCUUCCAUGUACUCACCUUACGAUGUAGACAACCCCUCUAUAGGCACAGUCCGGGCUCUGAUGAUCUUGCGCUAG